AAAAAGUAAUCAAGAUGAGCUACGUCGCCAAGGACAAAGAUGUUGAUGCUAGUGCUCCUGCACCUCAGAUCCACAAGAUCCGCAUCACUUUGACAAGCAAGAACGUGAAGAACUUGGAAAAGGUCUGCGCUGACUUGGUCUCCCGUAGCAAGGACAAGCAAUUGCACGUCAAGGGCCCAGUCCGUUUGCCUACCAAGGUUUUGAACCACACCACCCGUAAAUCUCCAUGUGGUGAAGGUAGUAAGACCUGGGACCGUUAUGAACUCCGCAUUCACAAACGUUUGAUUGACUUGCACUCUCCCAGUGAGAUCGUCAAGCAAAUCACCUCCAUCUCCCUCGAACCUGGAGUGGAAGUUGAAGUUACUAUCCUCAGCGCUUAAGCGUAUAGUUCUUUCACGUCUUGUACGUCUUUCCCCUUUUUGCUGCUUGUCUGUAUGAUUGG